AUAGCUGUAGUUCUCUGAAUGCACCUAACGAAGGGUAGGCUGGUAGAUAGCCCCAACACUCUUAGUCAACCGUGGAAAAAAACUGGUUGUGGGGCAUUGCCACUGUCCUCAAUAUAACCGCCAGCUGGUGAGUUUUAAUUUGCUACAUACCAAAGCCAAGCAGCUUCCAUGGAGAACUCGAAGCCCCAUGUAGUAAUAGUCUCUAGCCCCGGCGUUGGCCACCUUGUCUGUGACCUUGAGCUCGGCAAUCGACUCGUCGCCGAUCACAACUUCCAAGUCACCUUCUUCGUAGUCCUUGAAUAUCAGGCCACAGCCGGUGAAUCCCAACUCAUCCAAUCAGCUAAGACCCAGAAACUCCUAGACAUCAUCGAACUACCCCCCGUGGACCUCUCCGGCCAAGUCGAACCCAAUACUCCAAUCUUCACACGCCUAACUGCCGUUAUGCGCGAAAUCAGGCCAACUCUCCGGUAUGCAAUUUCCGCCCUGAAGCCCAGCCCGAGCGCCCUCGUCGUCGAUGUUUUUGGAACUCCGGCACUGGAUGUCGCCGAGGAAUUUCACAUGUUAAAGUACGUAUUUGUUACCUCUGCGUGGCCCCUUGCGUUAAUGUUAUAUGCGCCGAUCCUCGACAAGGAGGUGGAAGGAGAGUACGUCGAUCAGAAAGAACCGAUAAGGCUCCCUGGUUGCAUGCCGGUUCGGCCAGAAGAUUUGGUUGAUCCGAUGAUGGACCGGACAAAGCUGGAAUACAAUUUCUUCCUACAGGUGGGGUCAGAGAUGCGUAAGAGUGAUGGGGUUUUGGUUAACACGUGGGAGGAUCUCGAUGCCUCGACGCUUAAGGCCAUGAGAGAGGAAGAGAGCUACGGAUCGGCACCAGUUUACGCUGUGGGGCCGCUGAUCAGGGCCGUUGGACCGCCCGCUUCAAGGAGCCACUUGUUGGAUUGGCUAGACGAGCAACCAGUUGAGUCCGUGCUUUAUAUUUCGUUUGGGAGUCUUGGGGUUCUUUCGGCGCAACAAAUAACUGAGCUAGCUUGGGGGUUGAAGCUGAGCCAGCAGAGAUUUAUGUGGGUGCUACGCCCACCCAGCAAGAGGGACGCGUCGGCGGACCGAGGCGAUAACGCGUUAGACUACCUGCCUGAUGGGUUCUUGGAGCAGACCCACAGUUUAGGAUUGGUGGUCACGCAGUGGGCGCCGCAAUCGGAGAUCCUGGGGCACCGAUCAACGGGAGGGUUCUUAUCUCACUGUGGGUGGAACUCGUCCCUGGAGAGUAUACUAAGUGGCGUGCCGAUGAUAGCAUGGCCUCUUUAUGCGGAGCAGAAAAUGAAUGCUACGAAGCUGGCUGAGGAGGUUGGAGUGGCCGUCCGCCCUAAAGUUGCACCAACUAGAGGAGUGGUAGGAAGGGAGGAGAUUGAGAUGAUGGUGAGGAAAGUUAUGGAGGACCUGGAAGGGAAGGCUAUGAGGGCUAGAAUUAAGGAGCUUAAAAUAAGUGGGGAAAAGGCUUUGACGGAGGGUGGUUCUUCUUUCAAUGCCGUGUCUCAGUUGGCAAAGCAAUGCGUGAUGAACUCGCAACGCUAAUGGUUUUCAGACUGAUGUUAUAUGUGUAAUGAAAACACAACUAGAGUCUAAAUUAGUUGCAAAUUUGUUGUGAUGGUAGUUCCUGGGAGGGGAAAAUUUUGGGGCUUGUGGGGGCCAGGGCCCUUUCCCCCAUGCAGGUCUGCCCCUGCUGGGUUGUUGGGAAAGGCUUAGGCAAGUUCAAAGCUUCUGAUGCGAAUGUUCUCCUGUGUAAAAAUAGGGGUAUUCCUGUUGGUUUUCUUAGAGGCUGCUUUGUAUUUUGUAAUGUUGCUGUGCUCCGGUGGUUUUUUUGCUUCUUUAUGAGUUGAUUCUUUGUAUAGAUUUCUGCUCUUUGCUUUUGAA